AUGGAAUCUAAAAAGACUACAGUAGUAGAUGAGGAAUUGGACGGAUUAGAUGACAUUUUAGAUGAGGUUUUGGACGACUUUUCUUCUUCGUCCACUUCUAAAAAUCAAUCAUCAUCAAAUAAACCUUCUACUUCAUCUAGUUCUGAACAAUUUCCUUCGUCAACACUUUCAAGUUCUAAUGAUGAAAUAGAUCCAUUAUCACAAAUUGAUGAAGAAUACGUUGCACAAUUAGCAGCUGAUAUGGAAGAUUUCGUAAAACGAUUAGAAGGUGAUGAAGAAUUAAGACGCGCAUUUCAAGGAUUCAUGGGUUCAGUCGAUGUAGAAAAUCAAAAUGAAGUUAAUAAUAAUAAUAAAGAUAUAAGUACUGGAAGUAAUGAAAGCAAUGGAAUUAAAAACAAUAACAACAACAACAAUAACAACAAUAAUAAUAAUUUUAAUAAUAAUAUUGAUAAUAUUAAUAAUCUUAUUAAUAAUCUUAAUAUUAAUGGAAAACUUAAUGAAUCUCCUACUAAGGAAGGAUCAUCGUCAUCAUUUCAAGAUAAAAUUAAUCAGACAUUAAAUAAAUUACAGAAUAGCUCGAAUCAACUCGAUGCAGAAAUUUCAGCAGAAGAAAUGGAUGAUAUGUUAGGGGGAGAUAUGGAUCAAGUAUUAGAAUUGAUGAUGAAAUCAUUAACGACAAAAGAAUGUUUAUAUGAACCAAUGAAAGAAUUUGGGCAAAAAUAUCCAAAAUGGUUGGAAGAGAAUAAAGGUAAAGUACCGAUAAGUGACUAUAAUCGAUAUGAAAAACAAUCGGAAUAUAUUCAAAAAAUUAUCGAGAAAUACGAAGCACCGAAUUUUGAUGAAAACAGUGAACAGAAUAAAGAAAUCGUAAAUUUAAUGCAAGAAUUACAAGACUUUGGACAACCACCUGCUGAAAUUCUAAGUGAAUUAGCACCAGGGGUUGAAUUGGAUGAACAAGGAAUGCCAAAAUUAUCAGCAGCUGAUUUAUCUGCAUGUAAAACUAUGUAG